AUGUCAGAGCGGAUUCCGUUAUUCGAGGAGGAAAAGGAUUACAUAAAUGAAAACGAUAUCAGUGAGUUUGCCAAAGCCUUGGUGUGGCAAGAUUAUGAUGAGACCAGUAGUACAUCACCAACAACGCCAACGCAUGAAAUGAUUGUCCAGGGCGCUCUCUCCCAAAACAGCAAUAACGGCGAAGGCACAGAGCACCAGCAGGAGGAAGAAGGGGAUCUCCGGAUGCUUAUUGACGAAGGAGCAGGCUUGGGAGCAAUACCAACGACAAAACCAAACUUUGUCACGUCCAAGAAUGAUUGGUUUCCUAUUAAUAGUCAAGACCUCGAGUCUCCCAAGACAAAGUCCAAAAAUAACAAAAAACAGAGAGGAUCAAGUUCGGGCUCGGGCUCGGGCUCGCGUUCGGGUUCGAGUUCAAGUUCAAGUUCGAGUUCCAACUCUGCCGUGAAGUUACUACAAAAUGAGUUUAGAAGUAGCGCUAGCUUUACAUUACUACGAUGGCCAAUUCUAAUCUUUGUCUUUGCAUGGAUUACUCUAUUAGCAUUUUUAUAUCUCAUCGUACGAGUAUACGUUGCCCUCCUGGAGUACUUUAUCACAUGGAGAGGCGAAAGAAAGAGAUUGAGAGAUAAGUUGAGAAACUCCAACACUUAUGAAGAAUGGGUUGAGAAUGCAAAAAAAUUGGACCAGUAUCUUGGUUUGAAUAAAUGGGCCGAUAACCCUAAAUUCUCAUACUAUGAUUCACAAACAGUGAAAUUAACGAUAACCAAACUAAGACAAGCAAGACUGCAGAAUAGUAAGAGCGAAUUGUUGUUGUUGUUACAAAGUUGUUUGAAGCGAAAUUUCGCUGGUAUCGAAAAUCGCCAAUUAUAUUCUCAUAUGUACUACGGCACUAAGAAGUUAGUUCAAGAAUUUUACAAGGAGGUUGUUCUAUGUAUUGAUCAAGUAAUAGAGUCAACCGAAAUCAAUCCGGAAACCAAGUACAAAUUCUUUAAAACUGUGCUGCAGAAUUUUGGUAAAUCGGCAUUAUGUUUGAGCGGAGGAGCUUGUUUUGCAUACACACAUUUCGGUAUAGGAAAGGCACUACUUGAUCAAAAUUUGCUACCCAAUAUCAUUUCAGGGACCUCUGGUGGCGGUUUGAUUGCUUCAUUGCUUUGUACUCGGACUGAUGAGGAAUUGAAGAAAUUGUUAGUUCCUCAAUUAGCAAGAAAGAUCACAGCAUGCGAAGAUCCAUGGUAUAUUUGGAUUCCUAGGCUUAUCAAAACCGGAGCAAGAUUCAAUGCUGUUGCAUGGGCCAGAAAAUCCAAUUUUUUCACUAGAGGGUCAACCACUUUUGAAGAAGCAGCAGUUAGAACGGGUAGGAAAUUGAAUAUCAGCACUGUUCCAGCAGAUCCACACUCGCCAGUGAUUUUGUGUAAUGACAUAACGUCACCUCAUUGUAUUAUCUGGUCAGCAUUGUUGGCUUCCUCAGCAGUUCCAGGCAUAUUAAAUCCAGUUGUUUUGAUGAUGAAAAAUCGAGUAGACGGAACAAUUGUUCCUUUUUCAUUGGGAAGUAAAUGGAGAGAUGGUUCCUUGAGAACCGAUAUUCCAAUUGAUGCGCUCAACACAUAUUACCACGUUAACUUUACCAUUGUUUCUCAAGUCAAUCCACAUAUAUCAUUAUUUUUCUUUGCACCAAAGGGAACAGUGGGAAGACCUGUUUCUAUUUCCAAAAGGAGAACAGCAAGUGAAAAGUUUGCUUCAUUUAGAGGUGGGUUUGUUGCCACGGCUUUGGAACAACUAUUUAGGUUGGAAAUCAAGAAAUGGUUACACAUUAUCAAGUCACUCGACUUAUUACCGCAUGUUUUGCAACAAGAUUGGUCUAAUGUUUGGUUACAGAAUUUUACAGGCACAAUAACAAUAUGGCCAAGAAACAAAUUAAAGGAUUUCUGGUACAUCUUGUCGGACCCCACGGAAAAGCAGAUGGAAGAGAUUAUGAAGAAAGGUGAGAGAAGCAUGUACCCCAAGAUUCUCUUUAUAAAGAAUAGAUCAUCAAUAGAACGAGCAAUUGAUAAAGGUCGUAAAAUUACAAGUUUAGCAAUGAGAGGAAGGAAAAUGAAUAUUCAGAUGGACUCAGAUGAAGACGAGUUUGAACCAAGCGAUUACGAUUUAGCCAAGUUCAAAAAUACAAUUGGCAUAACUAAUAAAGAUUUGGAGAUGUUGGAUAGUUUCCCCGAGGGUGAAGACGAAGAGGAGGAGGAGGAAGAAGAAGAAGAAGAAGACGACGAGGAUUUUGAUUUAGAAUACGCGUAUGAAAGUGACGCAUUAGAGUCACCAACAUUCAAGAAACCAAGACGGAACACUGUUUUUUAA